AUGAUCCGAAUAGGAAAGAUUCGAAUAAAAGUCGGCUUGUCUGCUCUUGUUGGUCUCUACUUGGUCUUUGUGUUUCUCAGUUCUGGCGGCAAACGUGAAGGGUAUGAACCAACACCACUGUCAUCCUUGCCCAGUCUAAUAGAGACAGACGUCUUGAUCAUUGGUGCUGGCAUUGCUGGAUUGACUGCGGCUGCUACCUUGAGAGAGCAAGAUGUCAAAUUCAAAAUACUCGAAGCCUCAAGGAAAAUUGGAGGCCGUCUGCAAACGACGCAUCAAUUUGGCGGCAUUGGUUUCGAUGUGGGAAGCACAUUGGUCUACGAACCAGCCUGGCCCAACAUUAUUGCGAGAAAGGAUGUCAAUGCUACGACUGUGCGAUUCUCUUCCAAAAAAUUGCCCUGCUAUGGACAGUGGGUCUUUGAAAAUUACACCUGGAAUGACUUUGUCAUGGAUCACAUGCAACCAGAACGGGGAGAAAUUGUUCACAGUUGCUUUGUAGAAUCGGUAAGCUAUCCGAAACUAAAGAAAUCCAAAAAAGACGAGAAACAGCAGGAGGAUGAUGAUGCUCCUGUCGCCGCGAUCUGUGGAAAGCAUACCUUUCACGCCAAGCACAUUAUUGUUACCUCCCCACUCAAUGUCCUAAAGUCAGGGGACAUGAAAUUCAAUCCGCCGCUUCCAAAAGCACUGGUCCAAGAUCACCCAGCUACUGUCAUGGACGGCAUUAAAGUCAUUAUGGAGUUCAAAUGGCCCUUUUACCCGAAAUACGUCGACAUGGGUUGGUACCAACCCAAGGAUCCACCCGGUCUGACCAAGUUUUAUGGAGCGGACUUACUCCAGCCUCACUCGAGGAACUAUGUGAUUGUCGGCGACAUUUUGGGGUCCCAUGCUACCCAAUACUACGAUAUGACGAAUGCUUCCUCGGCGCAGUUCGUCUUGGACGUUAAGAAACCAGGUUGGAAAAAGGAUUGGACCGAAAAGAACUUUACCAAUCACCUCCUGAAAAUUCUGGACCGCCAAAUGGUCAAUUACUUUUUGCAAGAGGACGUCGUCUCGGCCAAUUUGAUCAAGAUGCAAAUCGUUUACUGGAACAAGAUCAAGUCCAUUCGGGGUGGUUCCAUUCAACCCUUUGACUGUGCUGCGCCUCCAGUCGAAAGUAGUGAAGGCGAUGAUGACGACGACGACAAUGGUGACGAAUCUGGCGAUGCUGACGAUGACAAACCCAAGAUUUGUGGUGGAACCCAAUUGAUCAAUGGCAAACUUAUAUUAGCGGGAGAAGCCUUUCCAUACAUUAGCAAUCCCGGUGAAAUUGGAUGGGUCCACAAUGCGGCACUUUCGGGGCGGCACGCGGCUGGACAAGUUAUAUCGAAAUUGCUGCCCAAGGGAGGCAAGAAGAUUGCCUCCAAGCUCAAGUUGCCGCAAAAGACGGAUUGGCAGUCUCCAUGGCUCAACCCGAAACUCAUGGACCAAAUAACCAAAGAAGAGUUUGCUGAAGCCGCUGCAAAGCGGGCAGAGUUAAUAAAAUAG